AUGAAACCCCGAGUGAUAGCUAACUAUAUGGGCUGGAAUUUUGUCCGCAAAUUGGGCUCAUAUACUGAUAAACGGUUCAGAGAUAUUGAACUUAAAUUCAACCAACACUUUAAUAAACAGGAAACGGGUGUCGAUUUGCGGUUCAGAGAUAUUGAACUUAAAUUCAACCAACACUUUAAUAAACAGGAAACGGGUGUCGAUUUGCGGGGGACAUGUAUGGACAGCAUAUCAUCACAAUUACCAUACGCUGUGAGCCGUCUAUAUAUCGAUAAACACUUCACACAAAAUGAUAAACAAGAGGCCUCAAAUUUAGUAAAUGAUGUUAAGAAAGCUUACUAUGAGUUAAUUGAGGAAUACGAUUGGUUGGAUGAAAACAUCAAAAACAAAUAUUUAACCAAAUUGAAUGCCACGACUUUUAAUGUAGGAUAUCCUGAUUGGAUUCUUAACAAUACUGACCUGGACAAUUAUUAUAAGCUUAUUCAAAGAGUGAAUCUCAAAAAGUCAUUCGAGGCUAUGAUUUAUUUACAAACUAAUAGUGUCGCACGAAAUAUGAGAUCAAUUAGACAACCCGUGGACACCAUUUACGAGUAG